AUGGCACUUGAUUCUGCCAGGACAUUUGCGUCGAAUGAUUUCUACCCCUUGACAGACCUUGGAGAACACGACCUAAUAAUGGUGAAGAAUUACAAAAUUCCUUCAGUUGAGUUUGAUGUCCCCCCAAAACGGCGUAAAACGUCCCGAUUUUCUGAGUUAACAUCUGAUCCAACCAGUUUGGCGUUUUUCCUCAAAAAGAUAGAGGCGGAGGAAGAAGACAUCAUCAAAGAAUACUUAUCUGAGUCAAGUGGUGAGGAGCUACUGUUACUGCUAGAAACGGGCUAUGAACGAAAGUCAAACGAGUUGGCAGUGAUUCUCAAAGUCCUGGCCACGAUCAUCGUCCGAGCCCGGACGGACCUCACCGAUCUGUUUGCAGACACUGGACGACGAUUAGCUGAGGGUGUGCUAGAAGAUGCUCCACUAGCAGCAUGCUUGCGCGCUCUCAAACCUCAGAGCAGUGCAGAAGCUGCCAAGGCUUCGCUUCAACUGCUCGCAGCUGUGGUCUCAACAGAUCCCGUUUUCCUGGGUCGUGGUCUCGUUCGCAGUGUCGAUUUCGAACAUCCUGAUUGGGUGCAGGUUUCACGUAGACGUAACAUCAAAGAUCCCACUGAUGUUCGUACCUGUUUUAUCAACUUUAUCGCCUCCUUCCUUGUUUCCAAUAACAAUCUUCUCAUUCGUGAACUGCUGGAAUCCAAGAAUUCGAUUGCACUGCUGAUAUCGGAGUGCUUCACAGACAAACCACAAAACGUGUUGUUAAUCCUAACUCUACUUCGCACAAGCAUUUGUGAGAAUGCGACAGUGAGUAAAACCAUAAAAAUGCGGAUAUUUACAAGGGCAGCACUAAAACAGCUAGCCUAUCUCUAUGCAUAUCGGGGUGAGGCCCUGUCAAAGAAAGUGGCCUUAUCUCGUUCUGACGCCGAGGUGGAUGCUCACUCUGUGGAACUUGUCCGACAAGCACUUCACAGGCUCCUUCUCCCUCUCACAUCUUCUCCUCUCAUUGGUCUUGUAUUUCGUGAGCGCGCCUACCUUGAAGGCGGAAAGCAGAACGAGCACCUGCUCUCGUUUCUCUUCUCGCCCCCAAUGGACAGUGCAUUCACGGAUGAGAUGAGACGGGAGCUGGUUGCCAAUUGUCUGCUCGCCUGCCCAGCUCUUUUGCCCGCGUAUUUGACUCAUUGGACGGCCUCCAUGGUACCGCGCGAUUCGGAAAAUUGGCACAAUCUCAUGGCAUUUGUUAAUCAGCUUUUUUUCAUGUUUCAAAAUCACCUGGUUAAUCGUGUCUCCCAACUGCUGGAAUUGUCUCAAGACAUGGCUCAGUUUGUUCAAGGCGUCUCCGAUAUCUGCCUACCUCCGUUGGGUAUCGCUGAAGUUCUGCAUUCUGCUUUUCAGCAUGAAAGUAAAUCGGUUACUAAGGCAGCAAAUACUAUCUACAGGACCCUUAGACAGAAUCUGGUUCUCUUUCUGACUUGGCUUCACACAACCGAGGAACUGAAAACUAAGGGUGCUACACCCAAACCCAUUAUCCAAUCCAUUUCCAAGAUCCUUUUGGAACGUGUCCUCGUCGAUAAAUGGCUGCAGAGGUUUUCCAAAACCCUACAAAAAGAGCACACUGAUGUGUCACUUCUGAAGGACCAAAUCCUUCCACCUACUGAGGAGCAAGAAGAAGAAGAAGAAGUAGAGGGAAAAGAUGAAGAAUCUGAAGAUUCCAAAAAAGUGUCAAGUCCGGAGGCCGUAAUAGCUACUCUAUCGAAAAAGUUUCAGUCAAGACUUUUGAUGUUGCACAAGCUGUCUCAGAAUCCCGAAACAGAGGUGACAGAAAGAGAGCUUGUGAAGUUACUCAAGAUUUGGCCUCAGUUGGCCCCCACUUGUCUCAAGACCUACUGGCACCACGCCGUUGUCUUAAAUUGUAUGGCAGCGGCUGUUCGUUUGCUCUCGCGAAGCACUUCCAAGAGCGGUUGGGUGGAGGGUGAAAAAAAUGAAUGUGUCAGCGAAAAGAUCUCCCCAUGUCCUAAACACCUCCUCAAGCUCAUUUCCACCAAUCGUGUGUUUAAAUUGAUUCUCCUUGAGAAGCCGUUAAAUGAGGAGUUUGCCACAGUUCCACUGACUCCACUUAAAACCGCGCUGGUCAAUCUACUUCUUGCUCUUGCUGAGGUUGAUCCAAAGACCACGGCGGCGGAAAUUCCUCUACUCUCCAUUUUAGCUGCUUAUCGUAGCAGUUUAUCAGUUUGCGACCGAUUCUUGUUGCAGCUAAUCUACAUACUUGACCUCGGUGGAUACUCAAUAUCAAGCAUUUGGGGAAUGUCGACCCAGAGUGUAAUUUGGGGUGAUCGUCUCGCCGAUCACUAUCGAUUCGGUGAGACACUGGGUGAGGCACCACAAUUAUGGCGUGAGUUGAAUCCAGGCGCUUUCCUUAAUGUCCUGGACAAGGAUAAGCUGUUGAGUAGUGCCCUCUCAUUUCCUGUUACUCGUCGGUGUUUGGCUCGAUCCAUGAAUGUGGAAGGUGUAAAUCUGGAUCACAAUCACUAUGAUCCAUGCUUCCUUCUCCCGCUGUUUCUUCAAUACCUCUCUUCUGAUGAGGCACAGGAAGAACUGCAACCCAGUCGCGUGGAUAUACGCGGCUUUUACACUCGCAACUGCCUCGCCUUUGUGGUCGGUGCCCUCUCCAGCUACUCACGAAACAUUCGUGGACUUGCAAAGUCCGUUAUUGCGCAAUUUCGACUCCUCUCAGAGGCCUGGAAACCCACCAAAACCCCCUCAAUCCCAAUGUCUGUCGCUGUCAUGAAACAGUUUCCAGAACGUGUUCAGCUGAAUUUCAUGCUGGACACCCUGCGGAAUAGUUUGAGCACCAAGGCGGGUGAGUUGGGUGGAGGGCCACGGCGUGCGGUGCUCUUUGGCUCACGAGCGGACACCUCCUUUCGGCUGUCUCGAGUCCAUGCUAACUUCUUCAUCCACUCUCUGGGGAUGCUCACGAAACCUGAACAUAGGAUGUACGAGGUGUUCUGGAACACUUACAUGGCAAAACCGGCCAUUGAUUUGGGCACAGUUCCCGAUUUCAUACGAAUCAUGUACUCGGUUCACAAAGAUUUUCGUGUUGAACGGCAGUGGAUGGUGAAACUUUGUGCUGACAGUCUCAAUGAUACCUCAGACUACCUGUUGUUGGAGAAAUCUCGAGUCUACAAGUACUGCCUUCUGUUAUAUGCUGAUCCUGGCGUCGAUACCACCACUCAGAUUCAAAUUCUUCGUCUCCUGACCGCCACCACAAGGAUCCCACGAGCAUGUCACGCUUUGACGCGCUUUCAUGCUUUUCCGUUGUGGUUAUUUCGACAUGCUCUCUCGACUACCCAUUCCCCAUCCCUGUGCUACUUCUUCACUAUCAUUUCGCAGAUGAUAGCGGCAUUCGAGGAGACAAAGGAGGCAUCGCCAUGUCUUUCCAUGCUCCGACUCCUUGAUACAACCUUCAGGUGGCAGAAAGCAAUUCCACACAUCGGCUGUGUUGUGACGGUGGCGAAGGUGAUGCAUAUGACGAUCCCGACAUGCUGGAAACCACUACGUCGAAAUCAUCACUAA